UUCAACGUACGCCGAAUCUUCUUCAUGACCCCAAUGGGGGGUGGUAACAGUGGUGGAGGAUCCAUCCUUUCACUAAUGUGUGGCGGUGGUUCAGCUCAUCUUAACUUCUUCAACUUUGUUCAGUCGUUUGUGUGUGCUGAUCGAUUCAAGAUGAGGGCUUUUUAUGUACUUGCAUACUGUGUGGGUGUUUUGACAACGUGGGUUAAUUCCCAAUUUUUAAACAACCGCCCAUUUCCUACAUACAGUUUGGAGUCAAUGCCCGAUACAGACUUUUCCUGCAGAAAUAAAAUCCUAGGUUCUUACUACGCUGAUAUCGAAACCCAAUGUCAAAUGUUCCAUAUUUGCGUUAGAGUUUCCGGUUUAGGGGUGCAGGACUUCCGUUUCCUCUGUCCAAACGGUACUGCUUUCGAUCAAGAUCACCAAAUUUGUGCGGAAUGGGAGGAUGUCGAUUGCGACUACAGUACUCUUUAUUAUGCUAGCGACAAUUUUGAUUUAUAUCGUAUUGGUUCAGGUUUUGAAUCAAAAGCUGUAAAAUAUGGUGAGGAGGAAGAGGUGUUCGCUUUACAAAGAGCAGAAACUGGAGAUGCUAGAAUCAGUGGGGACCAACAAGUUUACAGGGUGAAUCAACAAAAACAACUUGAAAACGCUAAUUUAAGAAAAUCAAAAGCACAGAAUCAAUAUCGUUCAAAUAAUAACGAAAAUAAUAAUGAUGAAAUAUUUAAAAGUUCGAGUAGCUCGAAUUUCUUCAAUAAUAGAAAUAGAGGUAAAGAAUACGAUGAAGAAAACGUGGAGGACGACAAAAACGUGAAUUAUAAUCAAGAUAGGGAUUACGAACAAAGAAGGAAAGUGAAUAGACACCAAAGUAGAAGGCCAAUUAAGAAUGAUGUUACCACAACAACUACGAUUGCUCCUACUCAAAGAAAUAACAGACCAACAGGAUUUAUAAAUAACUUCGCUGGAAGUAGCUUUUCAACUACAUCUAAACCAAUUACUACAACCGAACAACAUAGAACGAGGCAAAAUGUUAGAAAACAAUAUGAUUACAAUAAUGCGGAUAAUUUCAGGCAAAACACAAGAAAUUAUGACGAUAAUAAUAACAAUUAUCCCAGUACUACUUACACUAUCAGUACACCAGCCCCAUUUAGAACUAAUAACCAAAAUAACCAACCUACCACUUAUUCCCCGAAAAAAAUCGAAAAUUAUCCAUCAACCCAAGCUAAAGGAUUCACAAAAGAACCCGAAAAUUAUCCAUCCAACUUCCCUAAAAUACAAACAACACCAAGAAACACAAAUUAUGACGCAAAUUAUGAAGUUACUAAAGUUAAAAAUUUUGAAACUAAGAAACAAACGGAUUACCCAACCACUUUUGCUCCUAAAACAUUCAGCGGGCAAAGCUUUCCUUCUACAUUUUCUCCCAGAACUAACAAUGGAUAUACACAAAUAAGUCAACAAACAACACAACAACAAAAACAAAAUACACAACAAUUUAAUACUCAAACUACAGCUCAACAAAGAAAUACACAAAAUACGCAAUAUAACACACAGUAUAAUACUCAAUAUACUACAACUCAACAACCUAACACACAAUUUAAUACUAAAACGAAUCAAUACUCAACAAAUACGCAAACUACUCAAUACAACACACAAAACACCCAAUUUAAUACUCAAAAUACUCAAUAUAACUCACAAAACACCCAAAACACACAAUAUAACACACAAACUUAUAAAACUCAACCUAUAAAUACAAGAACAACCCAAUUAACAACAUCAAAACCGACUCCUUUCACUCAAUAUACCCCAACUGUACCGAAAUUAAGUUCAACAACUCCUGUAUCUAGGUCGCAUCGUUUUGAUGAAACUCAAUAUGAUGAUGGAUCGUAUAAUUCAAAGUAUGAUAAUUACGAUAAUAACGAUGAAUUUUUGAAAACGGCUCACAGCACAAACAUUGCGAGUAGUAGGAACGAAUUGGCUAAGAGUAAAACGACCUCGAAGCCUCAAUACGAUUCGCCCAGACCGUUUUCGGUAACUACAAGUGCGCCCAAAGUAACUGAAAAUUUGAAGCCGGUACAAAAAGUGGUGUCGCAAAGCGGUGGGGAUCCCAAAAAGGAGAAGAAUGCAAGUUAUGAUUACGCAUAUUACGAUAAUAAUCCGGUCGCGGAAACUGAGUACGAUAUUGAUACGGAGUUUAAGAAGUCGACUGGAAAACAGUAGUUAGUAAUAAUAAUAGUUGUUUAGGUUUGGUUUAAUUUUGAUUGUUAAGGAAAUUUUAGUGAGUAAUUUUAAAUUGUGAAAUUAUGAGUGUAUAUAAAGUUGUAGUUGAGAUUUGCAAACAUAGCCAGUAUGUUAUAUAAGUAAAAAAAAAAAAA